AUGGAUACAAAUCAAUCAUCGUCAUCAUCAACGAUGACAACACCAUCAGCUAUGUAUACAGCAGCAUCUUCGAUUACAGCAGCAGCGGCGACAGCGGCUGCAGCCGCAACUGCUGCUGCCGCAUCAGAUCAAACAUCAAUCAUUUCAUCACAACGUUUCAAUUGUUCUAGUCCAUCAUCAUCAUCAACAACAACAACAAAUCUAAUGGAGAAUAUAUCACCACCAAUUGCAUCACAAUAUCAUAAUACACAAGGAAAUAUUUUACAUCCGCCACCACCGACACCACAUCCGCAUCAUUUUAAUUCAACAGCGACAAAAUCACCAACAUCAACAUCAUCAUCAUCAUCAUCAUCAUUCUUUCCAUGGAUGAAAUCUUAUCAAGAUUCUGGUCAUGGCCCAAAACGAACACGACAAACAUACACUCGGUAUCAAACAUUGGAAUUGGAAAAAGAAUUUCAUUUUAAUCGUUAUUUGACACGUCGUCGUCGUAUUGAAAUUGCCCAUUCAUUAGGUUUAACUGAAAGACAGAUUAAAAUUUGGUUCCAGAAUCGUCGGAUGAAAGCAAAAAAAGAAAUCAAAGUUAAAUGUAAUAAUAAUUCAAAUAAUAAUCUGAAUGAUCAUCAUCCACAUCUUAAUCACCAUAAUCAUCAUCAUCAUCAUCAUUUUUUAACAACAAAUGGAUUGAUGCCAAUCAAUCAUAGUAUCGGCAAUAAUAUUUGUGGAUCAAUCAACAAUAACAGUAUGGUACAUUCAACAACAGCAACAAUGAUUAGUGAUGCUGAUAGUGGAACAAAUAUGGCAGGAAAUCCAAAUAAUCAUCAUCAUCAAGAAUUGGAUAAAUUAUUUGGAUCAACUACUGGCAAAAUUAUUGAAAUUGAUCCAAAUGUUGGUGGUGGUAGUGGUGGCGAUGGCGAUGGCGAUGGCGAUGACGAUGAUGUUGAAGAGAUAGAAGAUUGCCUGUAG